CAAAACCCCCCAGUGAAAGGGGCCACCUUCUACAUUUAAUUACAGGGGGGAGCGAGGGAGGGUGAGUAUGGACAGAAACUUCCAGGGAAUCCUAGAGACGUGAGGAAGAAAGAUUUCACGAUUGGAAAUGGGGCGAACUGCCGGGUUCGUUUCUCGAUUCAAGCAUUGAUUUCCGAGAUCGCCGUUGCUCAGGAUCUUGAUAUAAAGCUCGCGUUCUACCCAUCAGGCUCGUCAACGGCUCCCUUCCCGCCGUCCACCAAACCACAUAUUUUUCAUCAUGGCUGUCUUGUCAAGAUUUUUGCAAUUGACCCUCGCCCUUUUGGCUACCGCUACUGCAACUCCAAUUGAACGCCGUGGAACCAUUGCCUCCGACGAAAUUGUUGGCUUUGCCCAGACAGUUCCCAGUGGGACAGUUGGUAGCGUCUAUUUGGCAUACAAGCCAUAUCUCUACGUCUACAACGGCUGUGUUCCAUUCCCUGCGGUUGACGCAGCAGGAGACACCAAUGCUGGUUUAAAGCCAACAGGUGCAUCCGAUGGUGACUGCAGCAGCAACACCGGGCAAAUCUACGUCCGUGGCACGACGUAUGGAAAUUACUAUGCCUUGAUGUAUUCUUGGUACAUGCCCAAAGACGAGCCCUCUGAUGGACUCGGCCACAGACACGAUUGGGAAGGAGUCGUCGUCUGGCUCGCGAGCUCUACCAGCACCACCGCCUCCAAUAUCCUGGCCGUUUGCCCGUCAGCACAUGGCGGCUGGGACUGCUCUACCGAUGGCUAUUCACUUUCUGGCACCGGCCCAUUGAUCAAAUACGAGAGUAUUUGGCCUCUGGAUCACUCAAUGAUGCUCACUACCACUGUUGGCGGUCAACAGCCACUGAUUGCUUGGGAGUCACUUCCAACUGUUGCCCAGACAGCCCUUGAUGACACUGAUUUCGGAAGCGCUAUUGUUCCUUUCAUUGAUGCUCGCUUCGAUACCAACCUUGCGAACGCGUCGUUCUAAUUCAAAUUGCGGGAGAGUGGGGAAACUUGAAUGCAUCUUGACCAUAUUGAGAAGACAAGUUCGACUACUGCUGUUUCAAAUGUAAUUUUAAUUACUGAACCGGG